UGCCUUAGCCUCUGAUCAUUACAUUCAUGUUGAGUUUAUCUUAACUGUCAAAAUUGGGUUGCUAAAUAUAACACUAAUGAAAAUAAAACACAUAUAAUCUGUUAGAAGACGUGAAAAUUGAAGCAGAGAAAGUGAAGAACAAAGGAAGAAAUAGUUAAUAAAAAAAGACGAGGCCGGAGAGGGAAGUACUGACUCAAGUGGGUGAGGUGCAAGGUGUGGCUGGCAGAGGUAGAGCAGGACUUGGGCGUUGUAUUUCUGGGUUUGGGAAUAGCUGAAAAGCAGAGAAGAAAGCCUGCAACAGAAUCCAGUACCUAAAUAUGGUAAAGCUGAAGUAACGAGGAUCCUCAUAGAUUCACUAUUUUUUUUUCCUUGCUUCUCUCUCUCUCUCUCUCUCAAUAAACACUUUCCCUGCCAAACUUAUCUGAACUAGCCGUGCCAUCACCACUUUUUCCACCUCCACCACAACCACUCCCCAUUCGCUUAUCCCAAAAAGUACACAGAGAUCUAGAGAGAGAGAUAGAGGAGUUGGAAAUAUUGGUUGGGUGCUGGGAUUUAAGACAUAUUAAGGACUGUGAUUUUAGUUGUCGGCUCGGGAUGACGAGUUGCAUGGAACGUGGGAAAUCCAAAGUCCAAGAUGAUUUUUAGUCUGUAGCUUGUAUUCUAAAGUCCAACAUCGAUCAAAGAGAAUCAAAACCAGGCAGACGCGCAUAUCAUAAACCUGAUCAACUUCUUCUUCUUCUUCUUCUUCUUCUUCUUCUUAUAGGGUUUCCUGAUCAGUUCUGUCUUCUUGUUAUGGAGUGGAAGAGAAGUAGUCGACCGAGGCCCAGAAACAAACCCCCUAUUUUCUACUGUAUCUCCAUCUUCUUCUUCUCAUUUUGCGCACUGUUCAGCAGUAUCGGCUCCAAACCUACAUGUGAAGCUAGCACGUGUCCCAUGUCUGCUAAGGCUGAUCAAAUACUUCUUCAGGAAUCCGAUAGGGAGAGAACAGAGGAAGAGAGCAUGGUGUUACUAGCCUGGAGGACAUCAACGAGCUUGGCAAGGAGGUUUUUGGGCGGGCCUGGAUCAUCACCGCCGCGAUGCACGUUGAAGUGCGGCAAGUGCACGCCAUGCAAACCAGUCCAUGUGCCGGUGCCACCCGGAACACCGGUGACUGCCGAGUAUUAUCCCGAAGCUUGGAGGUGCAAAUGUGGCAAUAGGUUGUACAUGCCAUGAAUUGAUAUGGUGUGCUUUCUUUUGUUUGCUUGCUUAAUUGCAUGCUUACAAUGGGAAUCAGUGUUGGUAAUGAGCUAUUUUGAGAAUAUAUGUUGUUGAGAAUAGGGAUAUAUAUAUAUAUAUAUAUAUAUAUAACUUCUAAAGUUGUGUAAACAAUAUUAUAUCAAGAUCACAAGUACGAGAUUUAAUGUGUGUA